AUGAGUGAAAUAAUUCUCAACGAUAUUCUUCAACCUGGAGAAAUCGAAUUAUAUGUUCAAAACCUGCUUCCUAGUAAUGUUGAAGACUUAGGAACACCUAAAUGGUUCGAAUCACAUCAUUUUCUUCAAAAAUUACAUCAACAAUCUUGUGUUGAAGCUAGAGAGAUGCGAGAAGAAGUUGUUAAAGAUUUACUUAUUUCACAUUGUAAGUUGCCGAUACUUAUUCAUGAAGUUGUUUGUAUUCAAGUUUGGAGAGAAAAAAUAUUGUCGCAAAUUCUUAAACUAAACUAUGAGCCUCAGGUUACAUUAAUUAUUUAUAUUACAUUAUUUCAUGAAGUUACAGCAGUCGGUUUAUUAGAAAACGUAUUGUAUCACAGAGAUUCAGUAUCUUGCAUUAACGAUGAAAUAACUGAUCUCAUUGAUUACUGUGCAUCAGAAAUUGUCAGACUAAUAUCAGAGGCAAGGUUUUUUUCUAUGAAAGAUGAUACUAAAUCUUCAUACACUAGCAACAAAGAAGAAAUUAAGUGUCAAUAUAAGACAAUUAGUUUUAAUGUUGAACUUUCCACACUUAAUAUUUUAAGAUACCUUGCUGAAUUUGUUGAAGAAAUUCCAUUAUCAGCAUCUUCUAGAAUGUACAAAACUCAUGAUGUACCUUUAUUAAUGGUUAACUUGAUACAAAUGUCUCCAUGGAAGAGAGUCAACUCUAAAAUUAAUACAGUACAAAUUUUUGAAGACAGAGUUUGGAAAAAUAUAGACAAGAUAUCUGGAAUAUCAAAAUAUGAAGGACAAUGCUGGAUCGCUCUCAGAUUUCUUUUAUUAAACCCUCAAAGUCAAUAUGAAAUUAAUGACUUUAGAAAGCAACAUUUUCUAAAGGCACAACCUUUGAUCGAUCAAAUUCCACCAUUACUGGAUUUAAAACAAUUUCUUACAAAUUUAUCCUUUCAAAAUGUUUUAAUUAAUGAUAAAAAACCUUUAAUUAUGGAAACUAUACCGGAAAUUAAAAGUAAUAUUCUCAAAAAAUGUUUUAAAAAGUGGAAAAAAAUUACUAAAAAACAAGUUGAACUUAUGUUUUUUCCUAAAAAAGAAACCUUAAUGGAAAUUGGAAAACGGUUGGGUGAAACUUAUGAUGUUGAUCAUCUUGAAAAAGUUUUUCCCGAGGGACCGGUAUGUUCCAAUUGUGGUGAUGCUGCUUGCAAAAGAUGUUCUGGUUGUAAAAAUGAAUGGUACUGCGGACGUGAAUGCCAGGUUAAAAGAUGGUCGAAACACAAAAUGGUAUGCAGUAUCAUGUCUAGUAAAAAUGAAAAAUAA